CAGCAGAACAUUCACAGCUCGCCAAUCACAGUUACCAGAGACAAGGGGAGGAGGAGCGUGUGAAACAUUGGAAACUGUGGAACGACACCAAAGUCGCCUGUACGUGAAGACAUCGCCCAGUCUUCAUCAAGACAUGUUCGCGGGAUGCAGUGUAGGCCUAGUGCGUGUGGUUGGAUGCCUAAUGGUUGUGCAUACUGCUGCUGCCUUUCCAGUCCAGAAAGAGCCUUUUGGACUGGAGGAAUCGAUAUCCAGUGACUACACUGCACGGACAUAUUACGCUCAAUGGAUAAGUGACACGGCGCUGCUUUACGUGGACGAGGACAGGUUGUUCUAUUACGACCUCGAUACAGUGGAGCACACAACGUUGGUCCCAAGGGAGGUGUACUCUUAUUUCAGCCCGGUAAAAAGAGCGCUGUCAAACGACUGGAGUUUCGUCCUUCUCGGUUAUGACGCAGAGAAGGUUGUCGGAAACGCGGCUGUUGCACGUUAUGUGGUCUACAGUGUUAAAGACAACACCACAAUACACAUCGGCGAGGGCAAGCGGCUGCAGCUGGCCAAGUGGGGACCAGGCAACAGGCUGGCCUACGUGUAUGAGAACGACAUCUACUACCUGGCCGAACCCACCGCCGAGCCGCUGCAGGUCACUACGGAUGGCGUGCCGAUGGCAGUCUAUAACGGCAUCGUCGACGACUACGGACAUUUGUCGCAGUCUGCCUCAAACACGGUGGGCAGGGCAAACAUGCUGCUGUGGUCCCCGGACGGCCGACGAAUCGCCUACGGACAGUACAACGCCUCAGACGUCUACUACACAGCCUUCGAGUACUACGACUCAGCUGGGGGUGGAGAGUACCAGUACACGAGGUUCCUGAAGUUCCGCUACUCGAAGCCAGGGACGCCCGUAGCCACUGUUCAUCUCAGGGUCGCCACUUUGCCGUCCGACAGAUCGACCCCAGUUGCCUUCCAAGAGCUGUUGGCUCCAACAGACGUCGUCGGACAUGACCACAACCUCGAAGAUAUAGUAUGGACCGAUAACGACAUUUUAAUGGCUUCAUGGAAAAAUCGAGUUGAAAACAUAAACCAGAUUGUCAGCUACAAUACUUCCAAAAAGAUGGGGCGUCUUCGUGGACAGAAGGGCCUGAAACUAGAGAGAAAGGACGGCUGGGUGGACUACAAGCAGUUAAUGCCUGGAUAUCACAACCCUUCAACUUAUCUGAUCAUCGACUGGGAGCCGCAAGGCGAAUUUGGCAGCUUCCCACAUGUGGUCAAAGUGACGGGUACAUCAAGGACACCAAUCACUUCUGGGGAGUUCACAGUUACCGACAUAUAUGGAUGGGAUGAUAAUGGUAUAGUGUACUACCAGGCGACUGAGGAGGGGCAGCCGUCCCGCCGGCAGGUGUACGCCGUGCGGGAGGGGGCUUCCCCGCGCUGUCUCAGCUGUCACGUUUACAGCUCCGAAGGGAACCCCUGCCAGCGAGCCAGCGCCGAUUUCAGCUCCGACUUCACGUGGUCGAUCUUCACGUGUCACGGCCCGGAUCCUCCAUUCCUGUCUGUGCGUUACACGGCCGAAUUCGCAGAUAUCAGCAAAGAUGUGGUGUUGAACUUGGACCUGCGGAGGUCGCUGUCCCUCAAGCAGCUCCCUCAACGCUUGGACGACUGGGUGGACGUGGGCGACGGAAUGCGUGCACAGGUUCGCAUGUGGCUCCCGCCGGGGCUCGACCCAGAGGGCUCCGAGAAGAGGCCAGCCAUCGUCGAUGUGUACGCAGGUCCAGGCUCGCAGCACAUAGACGACUCUUUCGAGGUGGGCCUGCACAGCUACUUCGCGACGACGCGGCGUUACGUCUACGUACUCAUCGACGGCCGCGGGUCUGCCUGUAAAGGCGACCGGGUGCUCUUCUCCGUCUACCGCAGGCUGGGCGGCGUGGAGGUCCAGGACCAGAUAGACGUCACAAAGCGGAUAACGGAGAAGUACCGCUUCAUCGACAGCUCGCGCGUCGCCAUCUGGGGCUGGAGCUACGGCGGCUACGUGACGGCCAUGGCUCUGGCGCGCGACCACGAGGGCGUCUUCAGGUGCGGCGCCUCGGUGGCCCCCGUCGCCGACUGGUUGUACUACGAUGCGAAAUAUACGGAGAAAUACAUGGGGCUGCCCACUCCAGAGGACAACAAGGCAGGUUACAGUGCCAGUGACGUCACGCGACUUGCUGACCACUUCGCCAACAAGAUGUUCCUGUUGAUCCACGGGACGGCGGAUGACAACGUCCUCUACCAGAACUCCAUGAUGCUAGCCCGCGCCCUCGAGGAGGCGGGCGUUCUCUUCAGGCAGCAGACUUACCCAGAUGAAUAUCACUGGAUAAACGGAUUGAGGACUCACUUGUAUCACACUAUUGAUGCCUUCUUCACUGAGUGCUUUGAUGAACAAUCCCCAUCUCCUCUUAUGAAGAUCACUCAACCCCCAUCCCCUCUUGUGAAGACCACUUAUUCCCCAUCUCCUGCUGAGAAGGCCACUGAGUCCCCAUCUCCUACUGAGAAGACCACUCAGUCCCCAUCUCCUACUGAGAAGACCACUCAGUCCCCAUCUCCUACUGACAAGACCACCCAAUCCCCAUCUCCUGCUGAGAAGACCACUCAGUCCCCAUCUCCUGUUGAGAAGACCACUCAGUCCCCAUCUCCUGGUGAGAUGACCACUCAGUCCCCAUCUCCUGCUGAGAAGACCGCUCAAUCCCCAUCGCCUGCUGAGAAGACCGGUCAGUCUCCAUCUCCUGCUGAGAAGACCACUCAGUCCCCACCUCCUGCUGAGAAGACCACUCAGUCCCCAUCUCCUGCUGAGAAGACCACUCAGUCCCCAUCUCCUGCUGAGAUGACCACUCAGUCCCCAUCUCCUGCUGAGAAGACCGCUCAAUCCCCAUCUCCUGCUGAGAAGACCACUCAGUCCCCAUCUCCUGCUGUGAAGACCUCUCAAUUCCCGUCUUCUGCUGUGAAGACCUCUCAAUUCUCAUCUUCUGCUGUGAAGACCAUUCAAACUCCAUCUAGUGCUGUGUAGACUGCUGGAAGGCUGAUGGCAGUAGUGGUUGCAACAUUGGCCAGCCUGCAUUUUCUGUAAGAGAAAGAGUUCCACUCUUCUAUCUGUGACAUCUGCUUCAUUGGUGAGAGCCACAUGUUGAUAUGUACAACAUUGGUACAUAAUAAUUGGCCAAUUUUACAAAAAAAAAGAAACAUUUGGGUAAGUGGGCAGAAACUGUUCAUUUGGCAUAGUAACUGCCUUUGGUAACACAGUACAUUCUCAAUACAAAAAUGCUUUUACCACUAGUGCAAGUAGUAUGAGCAAUUAAAUUGUACAAGAGAGCUGUAAGUGGUGAAAUAUUAGAAACUCUGUAUAAGUCAGCCUUAGUGAUAAAAAAAGUGGUAGCAGGAUGUAGAACCCCAUGGUUUUGUGUUUUUGCAUGCUUCCAGUGAUCAAGUGUGGGAGAACCCCAUCCAGCAAGGAGUAGGAUCGCAAUAUGUUCACCAGCAGAUGCUGUUUCUUGUGCAGUUUCUGGUGAUGCAAGUACAGCAGAACAAGGUACACCACAUCUGCAGUUAUUAUUCUUAAUGUUAAUGUGCUACAAAAUUGCCAAUACCAGCACACAAACCACAGUUUAUACUGAAGUAUAGUUCGAAUGUGCUCACCAGUGUUGAAAAUAAUAGGAGGAUGGUGCAGGGUUGCGUCGUUUGAGCGUAACGUAUUUUGCUCGACAUGCUGCUCUUUAGAAACUAUAUGUAAUGUCGGUAGACAGUUGCUUUUUCCCUUGCUCAUAGCUAUUAUAGUACGUAUUACAAAUGAAGGUGUCUCUGCACCGAGAAACACAGCAAUAGGGAAGUAUCGAGGGGGAGGUUUGCUCACUUGUGGUAGCAGAGAGUGGGCAAACAACUUCCAUGUUGCCAUGUCUUACAAUGUGUUGCUGACGACAACAAUAAAUAAUUCUGUAUCGCCACUGAAAUGUGGCUACUUUAUACUCUGUAGGAUAGUAUUUAUCGCCGUACAGCGUUACUUAUGGUAAGAUAUCCAGAGCAGACUAAUGAGUAACUAUCAUUGAUUCCAGGGAUUAGUAGAGGGGAAGGGCUAUGUAAUGCGCAGAACGCAUAAAUGGGCAGCUUUUCGACGUGCUACGUCCUAUACUUUCCUAUAACUGUCUGGACAUGUUCUAACAGUCUGCCACUAAUCCAACGAACUCUUAACAUUGGUUUCCUUUCCUCUUACGUUUUCUAUCGAAAACUAUUCAACAGUUUUCUUCAGACUCGUGAAUGAAGUUCGUAACACCAACACAAAGUCCUACUGUGUAUCUACAGAUACUCUAUCGUUAUGUUCUAGUAGUCCCCUGGGAAACUUUUUCUAAUGUCAUAAUAUCUACUUAAGGUAUCGUGUGGGUGAGCUAAGUGGCGCAGUCUUGAGACACUGAUCUCGCAUUUGUGUGGAUGGCAGCUCAAAUCCCAGUCUAGCCAUCAAGUUUCUGGUUUCUAUGAUUUCUUUGAAUCGCUUGGGACAACUUAUGGAAAAUAACUCAAGCAGUUCCUUCUUUUCAAAGCCUUCGCUUCAUCUUUUAUGAGUCCAUCAUGAACAUUACGUUACUGAAUAAAUUCACAAAAGAUAAAGAUUGUUACUGAAAUUUCAAAAUUGUAACUGUGUAAAAAAUCAGUUCAUAUGACACAAACAAUUUAUUAUUGUGAUUAAACUUUUUCUUGUAUAUGAGUAUUGAUGGGUAGUUAUAGCUACAAUGCAGAAGAUCACUGUAGUAAUACUGCUAUUUCCUUCAAACUGUUGGAUGAAAUAUUUAAGAGUGACCUAUGUAUUUUUAUGGAGUCAUGUUAUCUAGUCAAUGUAUACUAAUUUGUUCAAGUUAUUGUUCUUAAAACUGUUAUUUAUUUUCUC